AUGAAGAAACGUAUGUGUGUAAACUGAAAACGAGGCUAAUAAAAAAUAACGCGUGCAAUGCAUUAAUAUAGCCUCGUUAUCAUGCCAUCUAUAUAGCGACGUACAUUUGUUAAAAAUAAACAUUACAAAACAUCAAACUUCCAAAAUUCAUUAACUUCGUAACAGAGUCGAGGCUAUGUGUCUACAAAUUAAUGAUGCGUUUAAGUGAUUGUGCGAGUGUUAAUUAUUUAAAUACAUUAAUUUAGGGACGAUAUUUGCUACCGUGCAAGAAAACGCUGAUCGAAGACAAUGUAAGUACGAAAAAAGAAAAACAGAUAGGACCGGUAUAAAGGGUCUUUAUUGAUGGAAUUUUCAGUGUUAUUACUGCAGGCAUGAGAUAAUAAGUGGCCAUGCAGGAUUGCUCAUUAAGCUUAUAUUUAUAAGACUUUUAGAUUUCUUCAUACAUAACCAAAUUUAAUUGAACAAAAUUAAAGUGCUGGUUAUAUAAUAUAUUGAUGAAUUAAUGAUCUAUUCUUGUUGGUUUUUUUAUAGAUGUGUAUAACGCAACAGAUCAAUAUAAUCCGGCAGGUAAUUGGUAAUAUCCAUGAGGGCUGCACGGUUGUUCAAAGCCGGAUUAGCACCAACCCUCGGUUAACAUUUAACCUGCUGUUUUAGUGAAUAUAUUUCUGCACGUCUGUUUAUUUCAAAACUUCAGAGAAGAAAACGUCUACUGAUUCAGACAAGAUCUCUGAAGAAAUAUUUCCAAAUUUAUAAAACAAGCUGUUGAGAACUAGUUGGCUUUGAAUUUCAGGUUAACCCAUGAGGUUAAGCUAACCCAGCUUUGAAUAACUGGCCCACUCAGAUAUAAAUAAUCACAGAAAUUUUAUAAUGUCUUGAAAUUUCACGAAGAAAGAAAAGUUUUCUCAACAUGAAUUUCUAUCGAAUCUUAAAACUUAAAAGCUUAAAAAUCCCUUUUAAAACAUACUUUAUACUAUUAGGAAUGGCGGUUAACUAUAUAUAUAGUUUCGUCUAAAUGCUCUCCGAGUGUGGCCACACCCUGCAAUUAGGUGAAAUAUUUUUGCUUCACCGCUGUGAGAACCGAACCCGCGACAUCUGGUUUGCUGACUUUGCUAGUCCAAUGCUCUAUCAACUGAGCUACGAGGUCAAGUCGGUUCGAGUGCGUGAUAUUUCGGAACUCGAACCGACAUACGCGACAUAGAAAGUGAAUCUUUUCUCAAUAGUCAUGAAAAUUUCAUCUCUAUGACCUUUUAUAGUGGCGUGUACGGACCACCCUCAGAAGUUAGAUACGUGUGCUCACUCAAGCAAACGAUGCCAUUGUGAUGAAAACCGUUAUGAAAUGUACACGUAUUGCAAGAGGUCGUGUGGGUACUGUGGUACGGAAAGAUUACGUAAGUAUGUCAAUUGUAAACAAAACAGCAAUAAAAGAAAAAAGACUUAUCAACAUUGAAGCUGAACUGCCUUAAAUUAUAUUGAAUAUAGCUCUAUCAGUAGGCCCAUCUCUGCAGGCGUACUGCUCUGGGAAGAACCGAAAGUCUGCUCCUGCAUAGUGGGACUCAAAUUUUCAACAUUCACGAACAUUAUAUUUUAUCGGUUAAUGUUGCUUUAAAUGAAUGAGAACUUCAACAUUAGUUUCAACAUGAAAUAUACAAGAAAUAAUAGCAUAUGAUAUUUAAGAUUGAAAAUUUUCUUAGAAUUUGUAUGGGAAAGUGCUCAUUUCGCCAUCCAGAUUCCAUACAAAUCCUAGAAAAAUUUUCAAUUUUAAAUUGAACGCCAUUUCUUCCAUAUUCCACAUAAACUUUUCACUUUUACUAAUAUUGAGGUGCUCGUUUUCCGACAAAUGGGGUCACGUGACCAAUUAUUCAUAGUUAUAAUUCCUGACGAUUACUAAAGAUUAGUCGAAAAUAUGAAAUAUUUCGAUUAAUCUUUCGAGUUUCCAUUGUAGAUUGUACUUUAUUAUACUACUCAGUGGAAUAGAAUCUAUGGGGUUUCUAUGUGUGUUUUAAAAUAGCAUAACGAAUCAAAUAUAGCACUUUUCUGACCGACAGCUGAUAUACCGUAGUUUUGAAUAAGUACUCAUGGAAGAAAAUCCUACUCAAUCCGUGUAUUUUAUAUUCAUGCAGCACAACGUUUUUGGCGCGUCGUGAACUGGGCGCCACUCAACAGAACAUGGUUCGUGAGCGAAAUUCAAUUCUUCAAAAGUAAACAUGACAAAAUUCCGCUGCCCACAAACAACCCUGCCAGUGCGAUAGCAAGUUCCACCUACCUCUCGUUCCCAGCCCCCCAUGCUUUCGACGGCAACAGGGCCACUGCUUGGCUACCAGACGGCUGGUGGGAGCGUAUGGCUGGAGGAGACUGGAUCGGGUACGAUUUCCCAACACCCGUGGACAUCAAUGCAGUUCGUGUUAUCUCAGACUACAAUGAUACGUCCGAUGUUUCUGCCAAGAUAUUGGUCGAAGCUGGACCGACGGCAUUUGGACCUUUUCAAACAAAAUGGAUGAGUGUUAAUUAUGAUCGAAAGGCUGAUAUGAGAUUUAAUAAUCCAAGUAAGUACUGUUCCUGGGCUGCUUGUGUAUUUCAGAUUUAAUAAUCCAAGUCUUGUCUUGGGGUCUUGUAGCCUGCGUACCUGGCGAUUUUAAUUAAGGGGUUGGCCUUAGGGAGGUGACGAGGCGCGGGAAAGGCGAAAAUGCAGGCGAAAUUUUACCGAUAAGUUAUCUACGGAGAUAGAUAAGUCCGUCACCGGACGACAUCCUUUACAGCAGAUUCACUGAGAAUACAACCAUGCCCGCCCAGUAAAAAUAAUCCAAAGGUGAAUUCCAUGUAUACUCCGAGGAAAUACUUUAAAACUCCCAAGUUGGUGCUUGAUAUCACACGAGGCAAAUUAAUAUCAACACUUUCACUUAUCACUGCACAAAUUGCUUAUCACUGCAUACUGAAACUAGGUAUCCUUUGGACCAAUAGACAGAAAUAUGGUAGUUUAGGCACCUCGAUUAAGGAAGUCAGUUUAAUUGAUUUAACCUUGUUUUCCUGAUCUUACACCUUUAUAUCUUCCCCAAGGAUGCCCGUUAUUUUGGAAACGUUUCAUGACGGAUACAUACGCGUAUUGUUAUAAGCUCAUCACGGAGUACCUUAGUUGGCCUGAGGCAAGAGAUAAAUGUGGCACCUACGGAGGAGAUCUUGUCAGUAUUAAUACUCACGAGGAACAGGUGUUUGUACAAUCAGAGAUACUCACGUGUGGGUAAGUUUCACUAGGUGUAGAGGAGGUUAUAGCCAUUGCGGCGCACGAACGAAGUUUGGCAUCGCUUUAUAUUCCUAGUUUGUUAGUUUGUUCGGAAUGAUAAGCCUUGGUAUUUAUUCCAAAAGUAGUAUGUCUUCGCGCUUGUUGUGCACUUGUUUUCCGCAUGUUCCAGGUCACCGCACUGCAGUACUAUAUCUGGUUGGCGGAAAGGGGGGGAGUACCCUCGAGGCCCCCGGGUCCGCCACCCAUGGACAAAUGUCGGCAGAAUAAACUGUGGACCAUGAUCACAAUUUCCCAGCAACUACUUUUUAGAUAACAUGACUCUUUGUCAUGCAGAAAUUGCGUUGCAAAAUUGAAGCAAAAAUCGCCUCGUGUAACAAGGCCUGUUAUACUUAAUAAGUUGGUUUUGACUGCUAUGUUUACCAUGGUAGGAAUAGUCAGAACCGAUGAAAUAGAGGAGUCUUAUUACAUACUUUCAGAUACACAUGGCUAGGUUUUAAUGACCGAGAUAAAGAAGGCACAUUCGUAUGGAGUGAUGGGAAAAACAGCUCGUUCUUCUACUGGGAUAACGAUGUGGAAUCAGACGGUCAAAUGAGUGAAAAUGAAGAUUGUGUGGCGAUGACGAACGAGGGUCAAUGGAGAACGUUUCAUUGUGAAAAUAGAUUCUAUUUCUUCUGUAAAAAGCGAAUUUGUAAGUUCCAAUUUAUGCCACUCUUUCAGGGUGUUAGCUAGCCCAUAUACUGUCCGUUUGACGGACUCUUCCCAAUUGAAGUAGAUAAGGGGCUUUUUUUUGACUGCGUCUACUGGAAGAUUUUCAUUUUUUCUGAUGAGAAAGUGCAUUGCGUUUGAUUUUAUAUUAUUAUAUCAAAGAACGUUUUAUUUUAUUUUCCCCAUUAACUAUUUUCUCAAAAUGUAUCGCGUUUCAUUCAUAUUGGGUGUGUAUUCACUGAAAUGAAAUGUACAAAACAAAGUGUAAUCGGUGUGCAUCCGUGUUCAUUCACCGGAAAUGAAAUAUACAAAACGAAGUGCCAUCGGGUGCAUUUUUCAGUGUUCAUUCACCGGAAAUGAAAUGUACAAAACCAAGCUACCGUUGUUUGCAUCUAAGGAGAAACACGUUGGAAAACAACACUAUUUAUUCCACAAGGACUUUGAUGGGUCAAAAAAACUUUCCCAAUUUACGUUUAAUUAACGGACAAAACUUUUUUCUGGCUAACACCCUGUCUUUAUACAUUAGGAAUAAAAAUCGAUUCCUUGGUUGAUUUUUAGUUUGCCACAACAAAUCGGUCGAAUCAUCAACCUUGUAGUAACCAGUCUGACGCAGCCAGUUGAGAACUGCAAGCAAUAGAACAAACCUUGUAAAAGAUCCACUGCGGGACACAGGUCUACCCUCUGAACGAAAUUUGGUUCGGUCAUUUGUUCAAGUAUCACUUUGUUGUUUAAUUUUUUUAGUACAAAAGCUACUUCUUCUUCCUUUUAGUGACCGACGGCGACAAAAUUGUUGAACCUAACACAGUCCACAGACAAACUGAACAAGUCAAUCAGACACUACCGGAGGGCGUCCCACCCCCAGAGAUUCCUCUUCCAGCAGAUGUUGAAUAUCCACCAGGAGUUACGCCCCCACCUCCCCCACCUUAUCCCUAUACAUAUCCAAAACCCAACCCAGGUAAUACUGUCUUUAAAGUUUAAUCGUUUCUACUAAUUAAUGAGCCACUCCUUUCUUUUGAAAGUUGUUCUACAAUACAAAUUUUUACCAUUUUUAUUCCAUUACAUUUCCAACAUGAGUGCUAACUUCAACAUAAUCAAGCAUUAAUUGAAGAUACAUCUUGGAAUUUAAAAUAUUUUUUUCUUUUUACAUCAUAGAACAUUACAGCUUACUUAUAAGCGAAUAAACUAUUUGCCUUCUUUGCAGAAGUUGUUACGGCUCGAACGUGUUCGAGUCAUCAGAAUGUAUGCAAAGGAAACUAGUAAAUUGCCAGCAAUUGGGCUUGCAUCUAAACAUGAAUUGUGCAAAGCCCUGGUCAAACGAGAAUUAAAGCUGAGAAUCGAGAGUUUGCAUGAGAGUUGAGAAGCGAGAGUUGGCAUGAGAAUUUCUCAACCCCUGUGCCCCGGUCAAAGAGAACAAGAGUUGAAUGAGAGUUGAGAAUGGAGAGUUUGCAUGAGAGUUUCUCAACCCUCGUGUCCCGGUCAAAGAGAAUAAGAGUUGAAUGAGAGUUGAGAAUCGAAAGUUUGUAUGAGAGUUGAGAAUCGAGAGUUUCUAAACCCUUGUGUCCCGGUCAAGGAGAACAAGAGUUGAAUGAGAGUUGAGAAGUGAGAUUUUUCCGAUGAGAGUUGAGAAUCGAGAGUGUGCAUAAGAGCUUCUCAACCCUCGUGCCCCGAUCAAAGAGAACAAGAGUUGAAUGAGAGUUGAUUGGAUAUUUAUACCGCGCGGAAACACUUAUCAACUCUCAUUAAAAUUUGAAUUAGUUCAAAGUCAAUGAGACUUGGCGAUCAAACGCAAAUUCUCAUCAACUCUCAUCCACGUUGGAGCGGGAUUUAAGUGACUUGAUAAUAUAGCUAAUUUAGAUGACUUAAUAAUUUUAAAUUUUAUGAAAAACGCAUCGAAAGAAUUUUUUUUAAAAUGAGGAAAAAAUAUCUUUAUACUAGUUUUAUCUUUUAUGCAAAGUUUUGCAAAAAAAUUCUUCACAAUGUUAACGGUAUAUUUUACCUUUGAUAAAAAUGAUCGAAAAAGGUUAGGACUUUUCUUAUACUCUUGAAAUUUGAUGUAAUUCAGUUUGCAGUUCUUCUAAAAUUAUCGCAUAUUUUUCAGUGCCUGGAAUUAUUCACCGAAUCAUGCAACAUGUUAGCCGUGUAACGCAACAAAUACUCAAUCCAACAGGUUGGAAUUCUGGUAAAAAAUAAAAAUGUGAAUUUUGAUUGAAAACUAACCAACUAACACAUUUCUUUACUGUAAUUAUUCUGAAAACUAACCAAAUCAAGCAAUUUUGACUAAAAUAAAAUAAUAAUUUACUUUAGAAACUAACAAUUAAAAAGAUUUACAAAUUUCUUUGUGUCAUAUUAAUCAUAAAAGUAACUAGGCUAACACUUCAAAUAAACCAAAAAUGGCCAAGAACUAACCAAAUAAGAGUUAAAAUAAUAAUAAUCAAAGAAGAAAAAGAAGCCACUACUCAGCAAAACGUAAUAUUCAUGGACAAAGUGACCAUGUCACUUUUCAAAUGUCUUUUCUAAUCUUAUUCAUCUAUGUACACGAGGCAUUAUUACUAAUAGAAAAGAUAACGUAAGUACGUAACCAUAGAAAAUAAUCAGUCAACAGUUAGUAAACAAAUCACAAAAGAACUUAAGGCAAAUAAUAACAAUUGUUCACUUUUAGGUAAGCCCACAGUAACUGAAACAUCAACCCACAAAAAAGUUGCAUCUGGUGAUGAAACACCGACCAAAGGAGGUCCAACCCCAUCAAAUUUGGGUGGACCUCAAUCAAACACACCUGCUGAUGUGGGUGGACCUCAAUCAAACACACCUGCUGAUGUGGGUGGGCCUCAAUCAAACACACCUGCAGAUGUGGGUGGGCCUCAAUCAAACACACCUGCAGAUGUGGGUGAACCUGAAUCAAACACACCUGCAGAUGGGGGCAAACCAGCAUCUGCUACACCAAUUGUUGCAGAAACCCCACCUGCAGGACAGGCACAACCUGCUACAGAUGCACAACCUGCCGCAGAUGCACAACCUGCCACAGAUGCACAACCUGCCACAGAUGUAUCGCCUCCAGCUCCAUCUGCCCCAGCUGUAGCCCCACCAUCACCACCAGUCGCAACCCUGCACCCCAAACAACACAAGCAUCAUGCAAAGAGAAUUGGAAAGAAACAUCACCAUAAAGCAUUUCAUGGCACAAUCAAAUAUAGAGCAAGGGCAAGGAAAGGGAAAACAAAUCACAAAAAGAAGAUAGUAAAGGUUAACAUGAAAAAUGAAAAACAGGGUAAGUCCAGGAUUAGACUUUUUUAAAUCUGCA